AGCUGUGUUCUGGAUUCUUCUCAGGUGAAAUAAUUUCUACAAUGAGAUCCAAAAAGGGGGAAAUGAAUUCUACAAGGGCAUCUAGCAUCAUUCAAGGGAUAACGUGUUGCAUGCUUUGGUGGCUGUUGUCUUUUGUAUCUCAUGGAAGUUUCUCCUGGAGCUGUGUAUCAGGAGCUUCCUGUGGCAAUUAUUGCAGUUCAGUUUGUAAUGAAACAUUCUCUAGCUGCUGUAUGAAGUAUACAACAAACAUUUUGGAAGAUUCAACCCAAACAAACCCUGCUGACGCCUUGAAGAGCCUAGAACAAAUUCUAGAAGAAACUCCAGUAAAAGGAGUCGUAAAUAUAUCUUCCGGCAAUUUUGUGGCUCUCCUCUUCAAACCCAAUGGUACCUUCAGAGGCCUUGAAAUUUAUGCCAGUGACAAUGAGGCAGGAUUGAGUCAGGUCCCCAAGAGCAGAGUGCAUGUUCAACUACCAAGCGGACUGGAUAUUGGACCAGACAACAAGCUUGUGUUCUCCUUGUUUAAGUUGCCGGAAACAAACAGGACUGAUGCGGGAGUGUUAUAUGAAGUAUAUGAUCAAAGACUGGUUAUCCUGAGUGUGCAGGGCAAGACAAUAUCAGGUCUUCAGGAUCCUGUCAACAUCACCAUAAACUUUAAGGAUAUAAAUAAAACCCAGGAACCCUCCUGUCAGUUCUUUAAUUUUUCAACAAACAAUUUCAGUACGGAUGGCUGCCUCACUCGGUGGACUGAUGGUCAGAGUAACGUCACCUGUUCCUGUAACCAUUUCACAUACUUCGGUGUACUCAUGACGUCUCCUUCUGCUCACGUCUCAAAAAAAGACCUUGAGAUAUUAGCAUACAUUUCUCUGAUUGGCUGUAGCUUUUCUCUUUUUACCCUGGUCAUCACCGUUUUACUUUUCAUCACAAACAGGACACUCAGAGAAGAUCUUUCUAUGAACAUCCACAUCAGUCUUGUCAUUGCCCUGAUACUCCUCAACCUGCACUUCCUGCCCAGUCAGGUAGUGGCAGAACACCCCUCCACUUGGCUCUGUUUCUACAUGGCUCUUGCCCUUCACUACUCCCUGUUGGCCACUUUCACCUGGAUGGCCUUGGAGGGGUUCCACCUCUACCUUCUCUUAGUCAAAAUCUUCAACAUUUCUGUCAGCAGAUACAUUCUCAAACUCAGUCUGGUGGGAUGGGGUGUUCCUGCAGUCAUUGUGUCAAUGGUGAUGAUCAUAGACAGACGCUUUUAUGGCCAUGUCCUUCUAGACAGGUCAAACCAUAAUCACACUAAAAUAUGCUAUAUAUCUAAUGAAAUAGUGAAGGCGGUCACUACUACUGGACUGUUCACCAUGGUGUUCCUCUUUAACAUGACCAUGUUUAUGGUGACACUCAAGCGUGUUUUGAAUGUUGGGUAUAGCAAACAGUUUGGGCAGCUUCACGCUAAAAACGUCAGGCAAAUAGCUUGUCCCCUGCUGGGUGUCAGCGCUCUGCUCGGCAUUACCUGGGGCCUGAUCUUCUUCUCAUUCGGUAACCUGACCAACUUUGCCCUCUACCUCUUCUGUCUCCUGAACUCACUGCAAGGUUUCUUCAUCUUCGUCUGGUUUGUAUAUUCACUGAGAAAGUUUAAAAAAUCAGCUCCUAAGACAACUGAAGCAACAACCCCUAAUAGCAUGAUCAACAGCAAAUAACAAGAGUUCCAGAAGUGUGUCCAUGGAAUUUCACGUUAUUAUUUCGGCUUUAGAUUGUCUGCAUGUAUAACAACUGAUUCUAAAUCAGGGGUGUCAAACUCCUGAAACCUUUCCAUGUGUCCCUGCUGCAACACAUCUGAAUAAAAUUAGUAGGUCAUUCGCAAGACUCUAUAGAACUUGACUGCAUGUUGAGGUGGCAACCCCUAACCCUGCUCAAGUAAACUGAAAUACAUGCAAGUGUUUGGAAUAAUGUACUUCUAAUAGUACUUUUAUUGCACCAUGUUCAUUCACUCGUGAGCUGCUGUAACAUGAAUCAAAUGGCUGAAUUGACACCUCAGCAUG